GUUUGUCACCUCGCUCCGCCUAUUUCCCUCUGGUAAACAACAAACAGCGCCAAACUGCUGUCACCGUUCAUGGACCGAACCCCGGUGUGUAGCGUUCCUAACGGAACAAUGGACCCGUUAUGGAAAAAAGUCAAUUCAUUCACUGGACCUAUUCCCCGGUCAAGGCACGGACACCGAGCAGCGGCUAUUCGGGAACUUAUUAUCGUGUUUGGAGGUGGAAACGAGGGGAUAGCGGAGGAGCUCCAUGUUUACAACACCGGUAGGCUAACGUUAGUUAGCUAGUUUGGCUAGCUAAUGGAUGCUACACAUUUCGCGUUUGAGCAGUGAGCUAGCUAGCUAUUUGGUUUGCCUAGCCAUCUGGUGCGACUUAUAUUUUAAUGCCUUGAAAGUUUCACAAACAUUCCCUGAAGCUCAGCAGGCAGCUUGCUUACUUGGCUAACGUUAGCUAGCUAAGCUAACCAACUUUCUAUCUACUAUGGUUGUUUUCAGGUGUACUGUUUCUGUGUAGAAUAGUUAGCUAGCAUACAAUUGAUGUGGUGUGGAACAGAUGAUCACUUGAGAAUCUGGAGGCCAUGUAGCUAGCUAUCUAACUUUUUUUGUGUCAAGACUUAGCUUUUAUAAAUGAUAUUGCAUAAUUACAGUCACACAGUGCGUUAUGAUUGAGUAAACAUGAGUUCUUCUCAGGUGAUCAGAUCUCUGGCCCUUUGUCUAGUCUCUAAGCAGUGGUUUCUCCCAGCGGUGAGAGGAGACAUCCCUCCAGGCUGUGCUGCCCAUGGUUUUGCCUGUGAGGGAACCCGCAUCCUGGUCUUUGGAGGCAUGGUGGAGUUUGGCAAAUACAACAACAGCCUGUACGAGCUACAGGUGAGGCUCUCACACUCACUAGUGUCUUCAGUAAUCGGGAUCCUCCUGUCAUGCAUAAGGUGAAGUGUGCAGCAGCAUCGUCAAUCACAGACCUGUAGCUCUGAUGAAAGGUCUUCACAAGUACAGCGUCUUUCCCCCUUAGUUUGUACAGUAGCUUGUAUUUAGUCACUCUGAUGGAUAAGAUGCUAUAUUUGACCUCUGACCCCUUGUCUAUCAGGCGAGCCGCUGGCUGUGGAAGAAGCUGAAACCCAGGCCGCCCAAGAACGGCAUGCCGCCCCCCUGUCCCCGCCUCGGACACAGUUUCACCCUCAUUGGGAACAAGUGCUACCUGUUCGGGGGGCUGGCCAAUGACAGUGAGGACCCCAAUGGCAAUGUCCCAAGGUAUGGAGCUAUGUACCUAGCUCCAGUCUCCAACGCCGCUUCUCUAAUCAGGGUAUUGAGGGUUGUGAUAAUCAUAAGAAACCUUAAUGCUUGCUCUGUCACUAAUGUUGUUCUCAUCUAGCCUGGACCCAGAUCUGUUUGGUCACCAAUGACCAUAGGAGUUGGCAAGACAGCAUAAACAGUUCUUGGACCAGGCUAGUUCUCAUCCCACUGGCUGUCUCUGUUUCACCUCUGCAGGUACCUGGAUGACUUUUAUGAGCUGGAGCUGCAGUCAGUGUCAGGGGUGAAGGGUUGGAACAUUCCGGAUACUAAGGGUGUGGGUCCGUGGGCUCGAGAGUCCCACACCUCGGUGGCAUACACUGGGACAGGCUCCCCCAAACUCUACAUCUUCGGAGGGAUGAGAGGCAGUCGCCUUGACGACCUCUGGCAGCUUGACCUCGGUAACCUCACCUCAGUCUACAACCAUGCUUCUUUGAAUUAACUAACCUCCUUGGUGUGAAUUCAGGUUGCUGUAACCAACCUUCAGUUUCCAUAAACCGCAACCUUGCAUUCGUGGUUGUGGCGAUGAACUGAUUGAAGUGAGGUAAUCUAACUGGCUGUCUGAAUCCACUCUCUUCUGUCUGCCUUUUAGAAUCUAUGACAUGGUCUACUCCUGACACUAAAGGACCCCCUCCUCUACCCAGAAGCCUUCACUCUGCCAACGUUAUAGGAAACAAGUAAUGGAAAUACUUAUUUUGUGUGUACUGUAUAUGUUUGUGUGGUAUCAUGGAUGUUUGCCUAAUAUGGGUUCGUUUUUUUGCUUUGCCCCUGUGUGGGAAGGAUGUAUGUUUUCGGGGGAUGGGUCCCCGUUCCAGAGACAGACAAACCUAAUGCCCUGGGAGCUGAAUGGAUCUGUACCAACUCCUUAUCCGUGCUCAACUUAGGUCAGUAUCAUACUCAUUAUUACAAGCUUAUCACUUAGGGUAUCUGACUGGUCACAUAAUUUAAUUCAAUUCAUAUUAUGAGGUUCAUCAUAUUGAAUUGAACCCAGUAAGGUUAAAUCAAUCAAAUUAAUUUAUAAAGCCCUUUUUACAUCAGCAGAUGUCACAAAGUGCUUAAACAGUUGAACCCUUUUCCUGUUGAUAUCAGACACCAUGACGUGGCAGAGCCUAGGCCCAGAUCAGCAACAGGGGCAGACAGUGAGCCAGGAGGACCAGCAGGGCCAGGGGGACCAGGAAGAGCCUCAGCCCAGCAGCGGGGGCCCCAGAGCCAGGGCAGGCCACUGUGCUGCCUCCAUCGGCUCCCGCCUCUACAUCUGGAGCGGCCGUGACGGCUACCGGAAGAGCUGGAACUACCAAGUGUGCUGCAAGGACCUGUGGUACCUGGAGACAGGUGAGAAGAGAGACAAGGAUACUAUUAAUAUCAGCAUAUGUCUUAUUACUGUAGCUCAAUAUGUGCUGCAGAGUCAUACCAUCUUCAAAGCAUAUUUUAAUAUGGAGAGAGUGUAUUUCUCAUUUUUUCACAAUAGCAACCCUGAAGUUAAAUGGAUAUUGCUACCUGCUAGGCCAUUUUGCUGCUACAACCUAACUGUGACUUGUGUGGUUUUCAGAGCGGCCCUCCACCCCAGCAGCAGUUCUACUGGUCAAGUCCACUGUCAACAUGCUCCAUGUGGCCUGGCGCCCCCUACCGGCAGCAGAGUGCUACCUCCUCCAGCUGCAGCCCGUCUCUCCCUCUAACACCCUAGACAACCCCACAGCCCCACCCAGCACAGGUGCCCAGGAGAGGAACCCCCAGGAACAAUCAGGUGAGAGGAGAAGUCUACCUGCUGCUCACGCACAACCAAUCAGAAACCACUCAUUUGAAUAGAAAUGACCACAGCCAGUGAAUUUCACAUGGCCUUGAGAGGUGUUCUGUCUGAUACCAAGCUAUUGGCUUUGAAAGUGGUUUAGAAGCAGAAGCCUUUGUCCCGGGCCAUCUGGUCCACUCAAGGCCAUGUUGACGUCUGUACUGGGGCCGGGGUUGAAGGUUGACGCAGGCUAUGAGAUCUAUGAUCUAAGAAGGGUAUAUAUGUAAAGCUAUGCUUGAUGUGCUCUUUGUCCUCCAGAUGUCCAGUCAGCUCAGGUCCCAGAUGACCCCACCUCACAGGAAGCCCAGAAGACGUCCCAACAGGUCAGAUGGUGACCCUUAUAUCCAUAUCCAGUUGUCUUAGCUACAGUGCUGGGAAAGUGCUAUAUUCAGAUGGUGUUAGUACUGCCAUUGAGACCGUAACAGCUAAGCUAAAUCUUACAUCCUGAUUGUUAAUGCUACGUUGACUGACACCGGAUACUGCUGUCUCCCCCCCCCCACGCCAGGAGGUGGCGGCAGGGCAGGCGGAGACUCCCAUGGAAGUGUCAGAGGCUGUUAGGGGCCCCCAUCCAGAGGGGGAGAGUGAUGCUAGUAGAGAAACACACUCUGAGCCCUUGGGACAGGAGGGUGACCCCACAAAAACCUCCCAGCCCUCGGACACAGUGGCGAGCAGUGAACACCAGCCAGGUAACAGCAUGGACCCCAAGCUAGCUUUUUACUCUAUCAGUAUGGGGCACUGAUAAUGAGUGUGGUUUGAAUCUCAUCGGUAUAAACCAAUGACAGUCCUUACUCAUUCACAGGACAAGAACCUGACACCACUUCCUCAGAUCCCAACACUGUCACGUGCAAGGUAGAAUAAGAAUAGUAAAGAAGUUAUUCAUUUUCCUACCAUAGAGACUGAUGGAAGUAACCCCUGUCUGUGCCCGGUAGGUAUCUGGUGAGAAAUCAGAUGAGUCUGAGUGGUUUGAUGCUGGAGUGUUCAAAACCCUGUUCUCUGAGGUUACCCACUACUACCUGCCACCUGAGAAUGUCUUUAAUCCCACCAUCUACAGCAGACCCACUAAUACUAAAGAGGUAAACCACAUCUUGGUUUGAAUCUUAAAUGACAGUAUAUAAUGAAAAAACAUGCCCAGAAUGUGUGCAGAUAACAUGUAGAAACCAUCUUCAGCUAGCACUCAUUUUUGUAAAUUUGUCUCUAAUCUCUGUUUAUUGAUUUCCUGAUUUGACACACACACACCACUCCCACAGAUGAAGUUGCAGGGGCCUCAGGACUAUGAGUGGAGGGAGAAGCAGGAGUUGUGUCCAGGUGUAGCCUACAGGUUCAGAGUAGCAGGCAUCAACAGCUGUGGUCAGGGAGACUUCAGCCCUGCCAGCGAGUUCAAAACCUGCCAGCCCGGCUUCCCCGGAGCGCCCUCUGCUGUCAAGAUCACCAAGGUACAGUACACUCCUACAGCCUACUUUACACAGAGAGAAGGUUACUGUUGAGGGGUGUAAAUGAGGCCAAGCACAUUAACAGACAGAGGCUUUAGAGAGCUCAUGUGGGAGAUUGUUGUGAUUUUUUUUUGCUGCCUGUCCAAUUUCACUAGUUUUCUAGUUUCACAAUAUCUUUGAUAUCUCGUUUGAUCAUAUAUAUGUGAAUCAGUUUCACCUAAAUAACCUGCUUUUCCUCUCCAUCCUUUAUACAUCAACUCCUCUCCUCCCCCCAGGCUAAUGACUCGGUCCACAUCACGUGGGACUCCCCCACCUCUCCGUCAGGUAAGAUCCUGGAGUACUCCAUGUACCUGGCGGUGAGGAAGAGCCGGUCCAGCAGCAGCAGCUCUGAGCGUCCUGGCCAGCUGGCCUUCAUCAGGAUCUACCGCGGCACCAAGACCUCUUGCACCGUCAGCCCCGCCCACCUGGCCAACGCCUACAUCGACAGCUCCGCCCCCAACCGGCCAGCUGUCGUCUUCCGCAUCGCCGCAAAGAACGAACAGGGCUACGGGCCCGCCACGCAGAUCCGCUGGCUACAGGGUACGCGGCGAGACGGGUGGGGGUGUGUUUAUCCUGACCCUGAAUCAGUACUCUAGUGGCAUACUGACUGUCACCACUGAGUGGUCUCUAACCAUGGGCUCUGUCUCCUUUCAGAUGCCAGUAAACUCAAAGCCUCGUCAUCACAACCAGAUGGCAGCCCCACAGAGGCAGAACAGGAGGCAGCAGACAGGUGAACAAGCUCUGCUCUCACUGACUAAACCUUAGGAAAAGGUUUAUAUGAGAUGAGUUGUCCCUUGCCAUUGUCAGGCUUGCUCUUUUUGGAGUUUGAUGUUAGAGGACUUAUUGUCGGUUUUCCUCCUCGUGUCUUGCAGCUCAAGUUGAAGAUCGACUGCCAGACGCUAACCGAUACCCAGGAAAAAUGAUGUAACAAGUCAGAGGGCAUGACUACUUUCCAACCCAGCCAUGUCCCUCACAAAAAUGCUGUACAGAACUUAUAGAUUUGUAAGUUAUUUUUUAUAUGUUUUUUUGUCAUUGUUGUACAUAACUGUUGUGUGUGUUAAUUUCCACCUGUCCUUUGACCACACUGUAUUACAUUAUAGUGUAAAAAAAAUUGUUUUUUUAAUGUACUUCCAUUAUUAUUUUUAAAAGUUAAAUAGAUAAUAACUGAUGUUAAGACCAGCGAAUUUCCCCAAGGAAUGAAUGUGCCUUAGUGUAUGAAGGGGUUUUGAAUGGGGAUGAUGAUUGACCGGCCAGUGACUGCUUGCCAAUAAUGAUACAUCAGAAAAGCAGAACUUUUUAUAUUUGGUACAGAAACCUUUGUUUGCAAUUACAGAGAUCAUACGUUUCCUGUAGGUCUUGGCCAGGUUUGCACACACUGCAGCAGGGAUUUUGGCCCACUCCUCCAUACAGAACUUCUCCAGAUCCUUCAGGUUUCGGGGCUGUCGCUGGGCAAUACGGACUUUCAGCUCCCUCCAAAGAUUUUCUAUUGGGUUCAGGUCUGGAGACUGGCUAGGCCACUCCAGGACCUUGAGAUGCUUCUUACGGAGCCACUCCUUAGUUGCCCUUGCUGUGUGUUUCGGGUCGUUGUCAUGCUGGAAGACCCAGCCACGACCCAUCUUCAAUGCUCUUACUGAGGGAAGGAGGUUGUUGGCCAAGAUCUCAGGAUACAUGGCCCCAUCCAUCCUCCCCUCAAUACGGUGCAGUCGUCCUGUCCCCUUUGCAGAAAAGCAUCCCCAAAGAAUGAUGUUUCUACCUCCAUGCUUCACGGUUGGGAUGGUGUUCUUGGGGUUGUACUCGUCCUUCUUCUUCCUCCAAACAUGACGAGUGGAGUUUAGACCAAAAAGCUAUUUUUUGUCUCAUCAGACCACAUGACCUUCUCCCAUUCCUCCUCUGGAUCAUCCAGAUGGUCAUUGGCAAACUUCAGACGGGCCUUGAGCAGGGGGACCUUGGGUGCGCUGCAGGAUUUUAAUCCAUGACGGCGUAGUGUGUUACUAAUGGUUUUCUUUGAGACUGGUCCCAGCUCUCUUCAGGUCAUUGACCAGGUCCUGCCGUGUAGUUCUGGGCUGAUCCCUCACCUUCCUCAUGAUCAUUGAUGCCCCACGAGGUGAGAUCUUGCAUGGAGCCCCAGGCCGAGGGUGAUUGACCGUCAUCUUGAACUUCUUCCAUUUUCUAAUAAUUGUGCCAACAGUUGUUGCCUUCUCACCAAGCUGCUUGCCUAUUGUCCUGUAGCCCAUCCCAGUCUACAAUUUUAUCCCUGAUGUCCUUACACAGCUCUCUGGUCUUGGCCAUUGUGGAGAGGUUGGAGUCUAUUUGAUUGAGUGUGUGGACAGGUGUCUUUUAUACAGGUAAUGAGUUCAAACAGGUGCAGUUAAUACAGGUAAUGAGUGGAGAACAGGAGGGCUCCUUAAAGAAAAACUAACAGGUCUGUGAGAGACGGAAUUCUUAAUGGUUGGUAGGUGAUCAAAUACUUAUGUCAUGCAAUAAAAUGCAAAUUAAUUACUUAAAAAUCAUACAAUGUGAUUUUCUGGAUUUUUGUUUUAGAUUCCGUCUCUCACAGUUGAAGUGUACCUAUGAUAAAAAUGACAGACCUCUACAUGCUUUGUAAGUAGGGAAACCUGCAAAAUCAGCAGUGUAUCAAAUACUUGUUCUCCCCACUGUAUAGCAAACUUGAAUUGAAUAGUAGUGGGAUGUUUUGUGUAUUUAUCAUUUGGGCCAAGUCAAUGGUUGUAUUUCAGCCUCAACAUGCUGAAGAAGUGUUAUUUUUGUAAUUAUAACAUGAUUCCAGCACAGCACUUCUUACAUGCCUUGUGGGUAUGGAAUGUGAGUGUUUGAGUUCAUCAAUUUAUGUUGUUCAUUUUAUGGAUACUGUUAUUAUCCUUUAUUCAAUUGUCUUUAUUUCUAUUUUGUAGCCAUAGGAAGUAA